AUUUUAUGAAAGCUAUGAAUAUUAUAUACAUAUUUGGUUUGAGUUUUACUCUUGUUUUUAAUUCCAAUGGAUUUGACAUCAAAUCAAUUGGUGACAGAAUUUCAGAGCUGACAAGUGAGUUAGGAAUAAGUGAUUUGGGAAACGAUGAGAAGGAGAGAGUGGUAUCCGAAGUGUGUUCCCAGAAAUGUACGAAAGAGAUACAGGAGCUGAAGAAGAAUAUGACCGAACUUUAUACGGCUUUUCUGGUUCUUCACGCCGAGUUCGCCCACAUUAACCAACACAUGAUAUUCCACGAGAAAGCUCUGAAACAUAUCGCUCUUAUGGACCAUAAACCC